UGAGUAGCCAGGAAGGCGCCCAGCCCGCAGGAGGGGGAGACUAUUAAAGCGCGGACACUUCCGGGGCUGUCAGUGGCUGGGGAGUGACGGACAUGGCGGAGGAGAGCUGUGAGCUGAACGGCUCCGGAGCGGCGGUGGUGUGCCGGAGGUGUGCGGCCCCCGGGGAGAGAGGCGGCGUGUCCAAGUGGGUCCGGCUCAAUGUGGGGGGGACGUGUUUUCUGACAACCAGACAAACUCUGUGCAGAGACCCGAAAUCCUUCCUGUACCGGCUGUGCCAGGCGGACCCGGACCUGGACUCUGACAAGGAUGAAACAGGUGCCUAUUUAAUAGACCGAGACCCCACAUACUUUGGACCAGUGUUGAAUUAUUUGAGACACGGGAAACUGGUGAUAAACAAAGACCUAGCAGAAGAAGGUGUUCUGGAAGAAGCCGAGUUCUACAAUAUCACAUCGUUAAUUAAACUGGUAAAGGACAGAAUAAGAGAGAGGGACAGUAAAACAUCACAGGUGCCAGUUAAACAUGUUUACAGAGUGCUGCAGUGUCAGGAGGAAGAGCUCACUCAAAUGGUCUCAACGAUGUCUGAUGGCUGGAAGUUUGAGCAGUUGGUCAGCAUUGGUUCUUCCUAUAACUAUGGAAAUGAGGACCAGGCAGAAUUUUUGUGUGUGGUCUCCAAAGAGUUACACAAUACCCCAUACGGCACAACUAGUGAACCUAGUGAAAAGGCAAAGAUUUUGCAAGAACGAGGCUCCCGAAUGUGAAGCAUUUUGAAAGGAUCCCUUUUUUGUUUUUUUCCUCCAUUCAAUUUUAUUGCAAGGAAAGAAAUCACCUUUGGAGAGCCACCACAAGAAGCCUGCUUUAGAUCCUAGAAUUUGUUGGCCUGUUUUUUUGUUUUUUUCUUAAAAGUUGAAUUUUUUUGGGUGGAAGCUUCAGUGUUUUCAUUAAUGGGACAUGUGUAUUGAAAUGGAACAUCUAUUAAGUGGGUAUUUUGCGUGUUUUCCUCCCCAGCCCCUAACUUGUUUUUUAAUUU